CUCGUUGGGUAUGAAUUUUACGCGCACGUGUUUAGCGAAAAGAUUUUAAAAAAACUGAAAAUAUGAAUUUACGACCAAUAAAAAAAUUAAAAUCAGAUCUGAAUAAUGUAAUUAAACGUGGCUAUCUUAAUGAACAAAAUGUCGGUAUAACCGAAUUUAUUGGUAAUCAUAAACCAUUCCAUGGCAUCCUAAAACACCGAUUUGAAGAUUUUGUUGUUCAUGAAAUUGAUCGACAAGGAAAUGUUAUACGAUUGGAAAAUAUUGAUAAACCAGAAGAUAUUUCGUUGACAAUUGCCGAUGAAGAACGACAAACAAUUGAAUCAUCUGAAACAAUAUCGAUUGAUUCACUGAAAAUUGAUUCCAAUUUUAAACAACAAAUUGAUAGUUAUGUUGAAAGUAAUUUUCAACUUGUUAAUCCAUUAAUAUCAAUCGAUGAACUUGAUAAACAGGAACGUAGUCGAUUACAUUUAUUUAUUAAACAAAAUUAUCCAACCGUUGAAUCCAAUACCGAAACAAUUGAUGGUAAAAGAUUUGUAAAAAUUUUGGCUAAAAAACAACAAACCAAUCGAAAUCAACGGCAACAAUGUCGACGACAAACUUGGCCGACAAAUCGACCAAGUUUUGUACAUUUUGUUCUUUAUAAAGAAAAUAUGGAAACCAUACAGGUUGUCAAUGAAUUCGGGCGUCGAUUAGGUGUUGCAACAAAAACAUUUACCUAUGCUGGGAAUAAAGAUAAACGAGCAAUAUCAACACAAAAAUUUUCCGCUUUUCGUAUGAAUCCUGCGAAAAUUUGGCAAGCUUGUCAAGAAUUUAAUCAUCGAAGUGGUAAUCGUAUUCGAUUACAUGUUGGACAUUUUCAUUUUGAAAAUCAACCAUUAAGAUUAGGUGAUUUAAGUGGAAAUCAAUUUGAAAUUGUUCUGCGUGAUGUACGCCUGAUUGAUGAUGGUGAUCUGGAUCGACAGAAGGAGCCAUCGUCACCACAAUCACAAUCAUCGAUAAGCAAGAUCAAUGAACUUAUUAUGGAUAUGAAUGAUCGUGAUCUGUGUGAACAAGCAUUGAUCAAUAUAAAAACCAAUGGUUUUAUCAAUUAUUAUGGAAUGCAACGAUUUGGUUCACAUCGUAAUGAUUCACAUAAACUUGGCAUAUUGGUUUUACGUAAAGAAUUUAAAAAAUUAGUUGAAGAAAUUCUUGUUGAAAAACCUACCGAUCGUGUACCGUAUGGCAAUAGGAAAAAUAGCCAAAGAAAUGAAAUUUCAUUCAAUGAAGCAAUUCGUUUAUGGCGCCAAACCAGAGAUGCCGGCGAAGCAUAUCGAAAAUUGAAUUAUAAAUAUACAAUUGAAGGUUCAUUGUUACGCGGAUUGUCCAAAGUGGCCCCGAAUGAUUAUCAUGGCGGUCUUUGUAUUGGUUUGAAUCGAAACAGUCGAUUAUUAUAUCUACAUGCAUAUCAAAGUUACCUUUGGAAUCGUAUUGCAUCCUAUCGGGUUCGUCAAUAUGGUUUAAAUGUUGUUGAAGGUGAUUUAGUUUUUGUUGGACCAAAUUUAGAUGAUGAAACAAAUGAAGCAGAUAUUUCCGAACAACCAGAUGAUGAUGAAUCCGACAAUAACCAAAACCAUAACAACAAUAUUAAAGCCAAUAUUCCAAACGAUCAAAUUGAAUUGGUUACAAAAGAAAAUUUGGAAAAAUUUUCAAUCUAUGAUGUAGUUAUACCAAUUAUUGGUUCAUUAAGUAAAUUUCCAACAAAUUUAACCAAAAAAUUUAUCGAUGAAAUAUUACAAGAAGAUUCAAUAUCAUUGGAACAAUUUUCCAACUUAGGACAACAAUGGUGUGUAAAUGGUAGUUAUCGUAAAUUAAUAGUACGACCAUCGGAAUUUGAAUGGGAAUGGCUGGAAUAUCAGGAUGAUACUAAACCAUUAAUCCAAACAGAUUUAGAUCGAAUCCAAUCGAUUAAUAAUGAAAUUAAAAUGAUGGAGAAAAAAGAUAAUAACGAUAAUUAUCAAGCAUUAAAAAUUAUGAUACGAUUACCAACAUCAUCUUAUGCAACAAUAUGUUUACGAGAAUUGACUAAAAUUAGUUCAUUAAGUUUAGAGAAUAAACCAUGGAUAACCAACAAUAAUGAUGAUAAUAAUCAUGAUGAUGAUGAUGAUAAAAAACGAAAAAAUGGAUGAAUGGAUAUAUUUUCUUAUGUAAUAAUGA